AUUCACAUUUCAACUCUAUCAAGCCACGUCAAUUCAGCAGGAAAACACCCGAAAAAUCAUCAAAAAUUUUGUUAAUAAUUGUCGAAUUAAGCCGUAAAUCGAUCAAAAAUGGUCUCCGUAUUGAACACAAUCGACACCGCGCAUGAAGACAUGAUUCAUGGAGCCGAAGUUGACUAUUAUGGCUUGCGAUUAGCAACUUGCAGUUCGGACAAUUCCGUGAAGAUUUUUGACAUCAAAAAUGGAGCUCAUACCUUAGCUGCUGAUUUGCGUCACGGCGGUCCUGUUUGGCAAGUGAAUUGGGCACAUCCGAAAUUUGGAAACAUUCUUGCGUCAUGUAGUUACGACAGAAAAGUCAUUGUGUGGAAGGAAAUGGGCGAAUGGCAAAAAUGGCAUGAAUACAGCAAUCACGAUUCUUCGGUAAAUUCCGUUGCGUGGGCUCCGGCUGAAUAUGGGCUCGUUUUGGCAUGCGGAUCUUCGGAUGGAUCUGUCUCCGUUUUGACUUGCAACUUGGAAACGGGCACUUGGGACUCGAAAAAGAUCCCGAAUGCUCACAUAAUUGGUUGCAAUGCGGUUUCGUGGUGUCCAUCAACCGUUUUUGAGCCAACUUUUGACACGGGAAAGGCGAAAAACGAGCUCGGAUUGGCAACGAAACGUCUCGCCACGGGCGGAUGCGACAACACAAUCAAAAUUUGGAAGGAAGAAGGCGAUCGUUGGGUCGAAGAGAAUCGUUUGGAAGUUCAUAGCGACUGGGUUCGGGAUGUUGCAUGGGCGCCAAGUAUCGGAUUACCUCGCAGUCAAAUCGCAAGUUGCUCCCAAGAUCGUCGCGUAAUUAUCUGGAAUAGCGAUGACCUUGUGACAUGGACUCCGACAGUUUUGAACACUUUUACGGAUGUCGUGUGGAAUGUCAGUUGGUCGAUUACGGGAGAUAUUCUCGCGGUAUCGGGCGGCGAUAACAAAGUCAGUUUGUGGAAACAAAAUAUCGAGAAUCAAUGGAUUUGCAUUAGCGAGGAUAGUAACAAUACACAGUCGUCUCAAGUUGAAACAAGACAACUUUAAGCCUUUUUUUUGUAUUUUCUUCUUUUAUGUUUAAAAUAAAAUUUACUCUCAUUGAUUAAAAGUUUUAAU